AUGAAGAACUCAACUUUCUUUAAGUACUUAGUUCAACUUGGAGAAGAAGGGUUCUCUGAGCAAGACCCUGAUAGAACACAGCUCACUGCAAAGCAGCGUCAUGCCAACCAAGUCAUCAUACAGAGCACUGAAGUUUUGGAGAAACUAAAAAUCAUUUGCAUGGAAGCCAAACCCAAGAGUAUUGCAACAGAGUUUAGGCCAUUGCAUAAGGUUAAGUUGCCGUCUUUAUCACAACCAGAAUUUGAAGGAAUCGAUGGAGAAGGGGCCCCCUUUUGGGAUGUUUUCGAGUCUAACGUUCACUCUCGUCCAGACUUGAGAGCUGUUGACAAAUUUAAUUACCUGAAGGGAUGUUUGAAGGGUGAAGCUCUAGCGCUGAUUAAAAAUAUCCUUGUCACGAAUGAAAACUAUUUAGAUGCCAUUGACAUGUUGAAGAAAACUUAUGCGGAUCCAGAGAAAAUAACCUCAUCUCUAAUUUGUCAAGUAGCAGGCCUGCCUAAACCUUCUGCAGAUCUGGAUUCACUACGUGGCUUUCGGGCUAAACUUGAACAAUUUGUUAGAGGCAUAGAAAGAAACAAACCUAAUUCGGAUCACUAUAUUAGAGAGGGGCUAGGAAAGAUAACCCUGACCUUGUCUUCUUUGGAUUUUGAACCCAGGGAUAAGAACAAGGAUUACUCCCAUAGAAAACCCAAGCAUAACCAAAGUUCUAAUAGACCAGGUAAUCAGACCAAAACUCAGGUUAGUUCUUACACCCCUAAGAAACAUGAUGUUACGAAUCUGAGUAUUUCUGUCACUCCAGGUCAGCCUAUUAAGACGGCUAGAACUCAAAGUGGUGUAUUCUGUGAUAGACCAGAACAUAAAGCCUACCAGUGUGACAUUUACAAGACCACGCAAGAACGCAUUUCAAGACUUACCGCACAAAAUCGUUGCGUGAAAUGCACUUCAUCUAACCAUGAGACAACAGAUUGUCUUGUAAAGUUCCACAAAUGUCUGUCAUGUAAAACUGGACUACACCAUUCAGCAUUGUGCCCUGAUUCCUCAACUGAAGUCUCUGCUGUGAACUAUUGUGGAGACAAUAACAGUGACAAAGACUUAAAGUCACAAACAAGUGGAAUUCUCCCUACCGCCUUAAUGAAAGUGGUGUGUCCGCCCUCAGGCAACACCAAGGAACUCAGAUCACUGUUUGAUUCUGGGGCGCAACGCACCUUCAUCACACAAGAGGGAUUGGAAGAGUGUAAACUUGUAUGA